AUGUAUCUACCUCCCCUCCUCACCGUCGCCGUGACCAUCAUGCUCUCAACAACAUCCGCCCUCGAAACCCGCGAGAUCCUCGCACCCCGCAACUGGGACCUCCGCCUCCUCGGACCGGGGUGUAACCCCAACGCGUCGAACAUCGACAUCUCGGUUUUCCACCGGUCGGGGCUCUACGGGCGAGACUGCGAGGCUCUCGAUACGAGUGUCUACAAUACGACGAGUGUGAAGAGUGUUUCGUGGAAGAGCCCGAGCCCCGGGGCGAAUCGGUAUGAUUUGUGUAUGUAUAAUGAUGCGGAGUGUGGGAGUGAUAACCCCGAUGUUAUUCGCGGUGGGUGGAAUGUUUGUUAUCCGUUUACUGGGUGGGUGGGGUUUAGGGUUGUUCCAGGGGGUGAGGAGUGUUGA